AUGGAAAUUUGGAAACCACAUGUUGAAUUGGGUGGUGGCGAAUGGGAAAGAUCACAGAGUACUAGCGCUGUUGUUACACGAAAUGUGAAAGAUGCUUUGCCAAAUCAGGGACCUCUUUCGAUUACUCAGCCUUUACUGCCACUGAACUCUUUGCCGAAGAAUAGUACCACCGCUGGUAACAAGAAAAAACAGCAAUUGCACAAGUGGUACUGUGUUUUUUGCUACAAUAACGCUCGUUUCACUUACGAAAAGGGCGGUAUUGUCCUUCAUCCACAACUUGAUGGACCAUGGCAAACUCAUGUAUGCAAGGAUUCCAACGGUUUAGUGAUUUGUCCUGUUUUAGCUGCAUCGAUCACGAUUAGAAGAUUAGAAGAUCGAAGUAAGCAACUCCAAUUACGUAAUGAAUUAUUUUAUAGACACGUCUGCCGUUAUUGUGGUGCUACCGGUAUAUUUGCACAUACCGAAAAAUAUUGCAAUUCAGAGAAGAAGCGAAGUCUACAUGUAAUGAGUUUGAGACGAAUUGAUUAG